AUGGGUUCUUUAAACAAGUACCGGUCGGGUCUGAAUUACUUUGGCCCUCCUUCAACCCUCCCGAACAUGUCUGAACGCCUUGACGUGCCUAACACCUGCAACCCGCAUGUCAGUAUGGCCCAGUUCCCGGUGCCACAGUUGUACAAGUCCAAGACUCCGCGAGGCAAAACCAUGGAUUUUAUUGUGUUCGGCUUCCCGCUGUGCAACAACUACCUUCUAGAUUUUGCCGAUGCGCACAAUAUUCUGUGCGACGAGCAGGACCCAUACCGACGUAGACUGAACGUCUAUGUACACCUGGCUUGGACAAUCAAGAAGCGAUUUGACGCCAUAUGUGUUGAUCUCUCAGAAAAAGAAGACGGCACUGGAGACAAUGCAUCAUUCUGCGUUGCGAUUGCAUCCAACAGGACUAAGAAGCAUCUGAGCCGCAUGAAAAGCUAUCCACACUUCGAAAAGCUUGCCGAGUUUUUGCGUCUAUCCCCUGAUGCAGCAGGGUGGAUGUUUCCAGACCGAGCUGAUGCCAUAGAUCUGAUCAGAGACGGCACCCAGGUUAUUUAG